GACUAAAAACACUUACCCGUUCCUCAAUUACUUAGAGACACAAUCAUCGGAUAUACCCAACUCGAUACCAUAAACAAAAUUGAAAAUUGACAUUACAAAGAAAAAGAACAAAAACCAAAGAAGAAGACGCAAACCCGGUUUAAGGGUCACGGGUGACUCGAGAGGAGACUUCCUCUUUACCGUUCAAUAAAAAAAAAAGGGUAAAGGUAGAGACUUUAUAACGAAAUGUCAACACCCAUCUUCUCGAUUCCUCAAUUUCUCUAGGGUUCUUCGUUUUCGUUGUUGUGAGGAAUUUUGCUCCGAUGUCGGCGGAGAGUUGUUUCGGAAGCUCGGGUGAUCAAAGCAGCAGCAAAGGAGUGGCUACUCAUGGUGGUAGCUAUGUUCAGUAUAAUGUCUAUGGCAAUCUCUUCGAAGUUUCUAGAAAGUAUGUUCCUCCUCUUCGUCCUAUCGGUAGAGGCGCUUAUGGAAUUGUCUGUGCUGCUACAAACUCAGAGACUGGAGAGGAGGUAGCUAUCAAGAAGAUUGGUAAUGCUUUUGACAAUAUUAUCGAUGCUAAAAGGACUUUGAGAGAGAUUAAGCUUCUCAAGCAUAUGGAUCAUGAAAAUGUGAUUGCUGUAAAGGAUAUAAUAAAACCACCGCAGAGAGAGAACUUCAAUGAUGUUUACAUUGUUUAUGAGCUUAUGGACACUGAUCUCCACCAAAUUAUUCGCUCUAACCAACCCUUAACUGAUGAUCAUUGUCGGUUUUUUCUGUAUCAGUUGUUGCGUGGGCUCAAAUAUGUUCAUUCAGCUAAUGUAUUGCAUCGAGAUUUGAAACCUAGCAAUUUGCUCCUGAAUGCAAAUUGUGAUCUAAAGCUUGGGGAUUUCGGGCUUGCGAGGACCAAAUCCGAGACUGACUUUAUGACUGAAUAUGUUGUUACACGUUGGUAUCGAGCUCCAGAGCUGCUACUUAAUUGCUCUGAAUACACAGCAGCAAUUGAUAUUUGGUCUGUCGGUUGUAUACUCGGUGAAACAAUGACACGAGAGCCCUUGUUUCCCGGUAAAGAUUAUGUUCAUCAGCUUAGACUCAUCACUGAGCUUAUAGGAUCUCCUGAUGACUCAAGCUUGGGAUUCUUAAGAAGUGACAAUGCAAGAAGAUACGUUAGACAGCUUCCACAGUACCCUAGACAGAACUUUGCUGCUAGAUUCCCAAACAUGUCGGCUGGUGCAGUCGAUUUGCUGGAGAAAAUGCUUGUUUUUGAUCCAAGCAGACGCAUCACAGUUGAUGAGGCGUUGUGCCACCCAUAUUUGGCGCCGCUGCAUGAUAUCAACGAAGAACCGGUAUGUGUGAGGCCGUUCAAUUUUGAUUUCGAGCAACCUACUUUGACAGAAGAGAACAUUAAGGAGCUUAUAUACCGUGAAACAGUCAAGUUCAAUCCUCAAGACUCAGUGUGAGAGAAAGAGAGAGAGAUAUAUAUCCUUAAAAGGAAACUCAUCAAAAUGCUAUGUUUUGUUUUGCUCUGCUUUUGUUAUCAAAUCUCUGAUAAGUUUGAUAAUAUGUCUGUAAUUUGAAUAACAUCCUAAAAAAUUGGAAAAAAAGAAAAGAACAACCUUUGAGCUGUGUUUUGCAAUAGAGUGUAUUUAAAUUUCCUUACUUUUUAGUCGAAAGAAAAUACAGAGAAGUCUUAACUCUAAUUACAUCCACUAAUUAUCUUAAUGAUGGGGUUGAGGUCCGAAGGUGCGUAACCAUCUGUUGAAGCGGUCCAUAAGUGACAACUCUAUCUUCUUCGUCGGAACAUUGGGGACAGGUACGGCUUUGGUGAGUGGUCCGACCACGACUCGUAGCUUAAGCCCAGCGUAACAGUGACCUGGAGUCUUAGAGCUAAUGAAAUAAUGGACUCCUGGUUCUGUGAGCGUGACGAGAUCGUGGCCUGUCAUGUGCACGGCUACGGGAGAAAUCGGGUAGCAGGAUAUGAAUUCAAGGUCCCCGCUGAUCUCUAAGACGUCGUUGACUUCGUUGUCGUAUUCGAAAAGAAGACUGUCUCCGAUCGGAAACUGCGUCUUCUCACUCCAUCUGUAAUAAAAGUAACUUUCUUGCGGAACACUCCAUCCCUUGGAGCCACACCAACUCUGUAGAUAUUUCAAGGAGGAAGGAUCUUGCUCGGUGGUGUUGGAGGAAUGGGACGUGACGAGUCAUGAACGACAAGAAUGUCGAGCUUCUGUCCCGAUGCGCAUUGAGCAUGGUUUGAGCUGAUGAACUAGUGAAAACCUGGUUCCGUGAGGGUUACGAUAUCGUGUCCAGGGUUGUAGACGGCUUUAGGAGAAGAAGAGUCGCAGAACUCGUAUUCCAAAGCGCCGGAGACUUGAGUGACGUCGUUGAGGUUGUGAUUGUGUUCGAAGAUCAAAGAAUCCCCAACGUGGAACACAAGUUUCUUUUGGCAAACAAAUUAUGUCUUUUCUUUUGGCGUUUUUCUCAUAUAUAUAGGUAGUAAAAGCAAUGGAAUGCUCACGAUUCCUUGAAAAAAAAACAAGAUCUUAUUUGCAAAACAAAACUAACAAGAAACAAUAACGAUUGAGAACCAAGUCUCUAUAGUUGAUAAACUGGGCUUAUGAAAUCUUGUAGAUUGUCUUGUUAUGCCCAUAAACUGAAAAUACACGCCAAGCACAUCAUCUUCAUCUCCAGCAACACGUACGUCGACACACAUCACAAGUCAUUACGGCAUCAGUAGCUUAGUUACAUAAUAGUACUAUAUAUAUUCUCCAGCAUUUUAUUCAUACGUUAUAAAUAUUUCUUGCUGAUUAUAUAGCUAACAGUAAUUAGAGACGGAAAUGACAUCAAAGUCAACUCCCACAUAAAGCUUAUCC